AUGAAGUUCGGCGAGCAGCUGCGCAGCAGUGUGAUCAAGGAGUAUCAGUGGAACUACAUCGCCUACGACCAUCUCAAGGCUCAGCUGAGGACGGAAUGGCAGACGCCCCCGACCAAGGCGGAGCCCAAGGGCACGAGGCGCGCCUGGACCGAGGACGACGAGAGCCGCUUUCUCAGCCAGCUGGAGAAGGAGCUCGACAAGGUCCACAUGAAGCAGACGGUCAAGGCCACCGAGAUUGGCCGGCGCAUCGCGACCAGCGAGAAGGAGGUCAACGAGGUCGUGUCGCGGCUAGAUAACAGAGGCCCGGUCGGCAGAGAAGGGAGCGGCAACAGAGACGAAGAUGCGCCCACCGAGGAGGAAUUCAUGCUGUUGGAGGAGGACCUCAGCGACAUCAUCGCUGACGUCCACGACUUAGCCAAGUUUGUGCAGCUCAACUACACCGGUUUCCAGAAGAUCAUCAAGAAGCAUGAUAAAACUACUGGAUGGAUGCUCAAGCCCGUAUUCGCGACCCGAUUAAAGGCCAAACCCUUCUUCAAAGACAACUACGAUGCAGAUAUUGUGAAGCUCUCCAAGCUGUAUGACAUAGUUCGAACCAGAGGAAAUCCAGUCAAGGGAGAUAGUGCUGCUGGAGGAAACCAGGGCAGUUUUAUCCGACAGACCACCAAGUACUGGGUGCAUCAAGACAACAUUAUGGAGGUAAAGCUCAUCAUUUUGAAGCAUCUUCCAGUCCUGGUCUUCAAUGCCAACAAGGAGUUUGACAUGAAAGAUUCCGCCAUUACUUCAAUCUACUACGAUAACACAGAGAAGUGGGAUCUGUACGAGGGUCGAUUGAAGAAGACGGAAGGCGCAGAAGCUAUUCGAAUGAGAUGGUAUGGUGGAAUGGAUACCGAGACAAUCUUCGUUGAGCGAAAGACCCAUCGCGAAGACUGGACUGGAGAAAAGUCUGUCAAGGCUAGAUUUUCCUUGAAGGAAAAGAACAUGAAUGCAUACCUGAAGGGAGAGCUGCUCCCAGCAGCCAUCUUUGAAAAGGCGCGCAAGGAUGGCAAGAAGCCGGCCAAGCAAAUCGACGAAGACGAGAGACUUGCCAAAGAGAUUCAGUAUUCCAUUAUCAAGAAAGGAUACGUGCCUGUCUGCCGAUCGUUCUACAACCGAACCGCUUUCCAAUUGCCAGCCGAUGCUCGAGUCAGAAUCUCCCUGGAUACCGAACUCACCAUGAUCCGAGAGGAUAACCUGGACGGAAAGAAAAGAGCCGGAGACAAUUGGCGACGAAUGGAUAUCGGAAUCGACUAUCCGUUUUCCCAGCUACCUGCCGAGGACAUAGAGCGAUUCCCAUACGCAGUCCUGGAAGUCAAGUUGCAGACCCAGGCUGGUCAAGAACCACCCGAAUGGGUGCGCGAACUGAUCGCAAGUCAUCUCGUCGAGGCUGUUCCCAAAUUCUCCAAAUUCAUUCAUGGCACUGCAACCCUCUUUCCGACUCGGAUUAAGCUUCUGCCAUUCUGGAUGCCCCAAAUGGAUGUCGAUAUCCGGAAGCCCGUCACACAACACUUUGGCAUUCGGAGACCUGGAUUGUCCAAUCCAAGUACAACUAGUGAUGACGACGACGAGGAUGAUGAUUCCGAUGAAGAUGAUUUUGACGAAGAUUCGCCGACGGCUACCGCUGUUGAAAGCUCGGAUGAGAACGCCAAUCGAAGUCGGAACCGGGAUGCGGAUCACCGUGCGACUAGAAACACACUCGACAUUGAAGAGCUAGUGGGCGAACAGCCCAUUGACCUAGAUGAAGAAUAUCCUUACGAUUCUGACGACGAGGACAAUGAGCUAGACAGACUUGAGGAGGCAAGACGGAUAGGAGGAUGGACGUAUUACUCCCAACUCGUAAAGACGAAUACGAAGCUGGGCGCUUACAAAUUGAUUAAUGCCAUCGAGUCGCUGCGCAGGCCUAAUUCAAUCCCUAGGAGCCAAAAUGGGAGUCUGCCAGCUUUGGGAGCCGGUCAGAUCACAAGCAAGAAGUUCAAGGCUCCCAAAGGGAAGAAGAUCCACGUUCUAGUCAGAGUAGAGCCCAAAGUCUACUUUGCUGCCGAGCGAACGUUUUUGUCUUGGCUCGAAAACUCCAUCUAUAUCAGUACUAUCGCCGUCACUGUCCUCAACUUCGGCGACAAGCCCACCCGCGGCUCCUUCCUCGCCGCCUUUGCCUUCACAGCCGUCGCCAUUCUCUCCCUGCUCUACUCCGUCGGCAUCUACCUCUACCGAAGCCAGGCCAUCCGCAAAAGACGCGCCAUCAAGUAUCAUGAUAGUUUCGGACCGACUGUCAUCUGUGCGGUGCUGUUUGUGGCUGUGGUCCUGAAUGUGUGGUGGGAAGCUGGGGAGAGGGGACUGCUGGAUAAAUUCUUGCCAUUCUUGUGGUGGUGA